CGGAGUUGCCAUGGCGGCGCUGAGCGGCGUGGCGUCGGCGCUGGAGUCUUACAGGGGCCGCGACCGCCUGAUCCGAACGCUGGGGUACAGCUGCCAGCUGGUCGGUGGGGUACUGGUGGAACAGGGUCCAGCCAGGUCAGAAGUGGGGACGCGCCUGCUGACACUGUCAUCCCAGCUCAGCCACUGUAGGACUGUCCUGCGACUCUUUGACGAUGUGGCCAUGUUUAUCUACACGAAGCAGUAUGGCCUGGGGGCAGAGGGGGAGGACAUCUUUGUCCGCUGUGUGUCCGUCCUGGGCAACCUGGCCGACCAGCUCUACUACCCCUGUGAGCACAUCGCCUGGGCUGCCGAUGCCAAGAUCCUCAGCGUGGACUCUGCCCGGUGGUGGACGCUGAGCACAGCCUUCUGGGGCCUCUCCCUGCUCCUGGGCAUCGCCAGGUCCUUGUGGAUGGUCCUGAAACUGAGGCAGAGGCUGAGGAGCCCCACGGUGGCCUUCACCAGCCGGCUGCCCCGGAGCAAGAGGAAGGCCAUGGAGGCCCGGGUCCAGUCGGAGGUGCUGACCCUCCUGAGCAACCUGGCCGACCUGGCCAACGCCGUGCACUGGCUGCCUCCGGGGGUCCUGUGGGCCGGCCGCCUCCCCCCGUGGCUGGUGGGCCUCCUGGGCACCAUAUCCUCCCUCCUCAGCGUGUACCAGGCUGUCUGGGCUGGUGACCGGGCCGAGGCCACCGCCCCCUGACGUGGCCUGGGAGCUGUGGAUGCAACUGCAACCCUACUGGGGGGCCCCUUCCCAAAAGGCAGGAAUUAGUCAGGCGGGGCCUGGGUCUUUAAUUGAGUGAAUCAACGCCAGGUGUAGGGAGGUAUGACCGACAACGCUCCGAGCAGCCUUGGGGACAAGGCCAGGGGCGGGCAGGAUGCAGGCAGAAGUGAGGCCCCCCCGCGUGCUGGGGGCCAGGGCCUUCCCAGCGCUGUGGGGGAGGCUUCCCUCAGGUCCGGAGCGGGGGGUCGCCAGGCCUUGCGUGCAGAGGAAACUCAGCAGACCCUCGCGCAGCCUGUGCCCCACAUUCAAAGGGGAGUGGGAGAGCCCGGACGGCAGGUGCCAGGCAGGCCUCCGGGAAGCUGAACUGACGGUCGAUUAAAUGCCAUGCGGGUG